UCAACAACAAAAUACAAUGGAAGAGGAAUACGACGUAAUCGUGCUAGGAACUGGACUCACUGAAUGUAUUUUGAGCGGUUUGCUCAGUAUUGAUGGGAAGAAAGUCUUGCAUAUCGACAGAAAUGACUACUACGGAGCAGAUUCCGCUAGCUUAAACUUGACCCAGCUAUAUGGGAUGUUUCGACAAGGCGAGGAACGCCCAGAAAGCCUUGGUCGUGAUCGAGAUUGGUGUGUAGAUUUAGUUCCCAAAUUCUUGAUGGCCAAUGGAGAUUUGACCAACAUUCUGGUCUAUACGGAUGUGACACGCUAUAUUGAGUUUAAGCAAAUCUCUGGUAGUUAUGUGUAUCGGGAUGGAAGAAUCGCAAAAGUACCAGGGAAUGAAAUGGAAGCGUUGAAAAGCCCUUUGAUGAGUUUAUUUGAGAAGCGCCGAGCGAAAAAGUUUUUGGAAUGGGUUAGCAAUUACCGUGAAGAGGAUCCUAGCACUCAUAAAGACAUUAAUUUGGAUCGCGAUUCCAUGGAGACAGUCUAUAAAAAGUUUGGUCUUCAAUCAGGGACUCAAGAUUUUAUUGGACACGCCAUGGCGCUUUAUUUAGACGAGUCGUACAUUAAGAAACCUGCCCGUGAAACGCGGGACCGUAUUUUAUUGUACGCUUCUUCAAUGGCCAAGUUUGGUAAAUCUCCUUACAUUUAUCCCAUGUAUGGUCUUGGAGAACUUCCUCAAGGAUUUGCUCGUUUGAGUGCAAUUUAUGGUGGAACAUACAUGCUUGGUCAACCAGUAGAUGCGAUUGAGUAUGAUGGGAACGGUGUAGCCGUUGGUGUUCGCAGUGGAGAACAAGUAGCCAAGGCAAAGCAGGUUGUUGGUGAUCCAUCUUAUUUCAGAGAAAAAGUACGCAGUAUUGGCAGAUUGGUACGUGCCAUUUGUAUUCUAGAUCACCCGAUUCCCAAUACGGACAAUUUGGAUUCCGUGCAGAUUAUCAUUCCCCAAAACCAGGUCAAGAGAAAGCAUGAUAUUUAUAUCGCAUGCAUAUCAUCUGUGCAUAAUGUAUGCCCCAAGGGAUACUAUUUGGCAAUUAUUUCUACGAUUGUAGAGACUGCUAAUCCUUUAUCUGAAAUUGCACCAGGCUUGAAAUUAUUGGGACCUGUAGUUGAGUCAUUUUCUCGAGUUCAAGAGUUAUACGAGCCGAUGGAAGAUGGUACAAAGGACCAAUGCUACAUUACUAAAAGUGUUGACGCUACUUCGCACUUUGAAACGAUGGCUCGCGAUGUCCGUAAUAUCUAUAAGCGUAUGACAGGCACUGAUUUAGUUUUGAAGAAAAGAGAAUCUGCCGAAGUGUCUUGAAACAGUGAUGACUUAAGGGAAGACUGUAUCUGAAUAAACGAUGACAGAGGAUAUUUCUUAUGACUUUGAAGCUUGACACUAAACGAUGAUGAUGAUGAUGAUGAUGCUGAGUAGAGGAACCGCAUUUACGAUAUCAGUGAUAUAAGAAAUUAAAUAAGUAUAAUAUUCUUUGAUGCGUAUUAACCUCCUUUCUUUGGUUCCAAGAGUAAUUAUAUGUGCUUCUACCAUGGUAGAUAAUAUAAGGAACACUUGCUUUACAUUUCUCGCAGUAGAUAUAGACAAAGACAUAGAGAGAAACUAACUGUAACAAUGUAAUUUUUUCUGUUAUAACAAAUAAAAGAAAG